UCGGGGCGAGACUGCGUUGUAAGAAGAGCAGAGAAUCAUUUGGAGCUCAUUUCGUCAGCGGAAAUAAAUUCCCAUCCUCUCUCGCCGAUUUUCUCCCGGCAACGCAAAAAGAAGAAAAAACCCUAAGAAGAUCGAACCAGAAGAAGAACAGCAAGAAGCAGAAGGAAGGAGGAUCCAAAGAAGAAGAAGCGGAGAAAGAUGUCGUGGCAAGUUUACGUUGAUGAUCAUCUGAUGUGCGAAAUUGAGGGCAAUCACCUCACAUCUUCGGCCAUUAUCGGCCAUGACGGCAGCGUUUGGGCCCAAAGCGCCGCUUUCCCUCCGUUCAAGCCUGAAGAAAUCAGUGCCAUCAUGAAUGACUUUAGCGAACCGGGAACGCUUGCUCCAACUGGUUUGUACCUUGGUGGUGCAAAAUAUAUGGUAAUCCAAGGGGAGCCAGGAGCUGUUAUUCGUGGGAAGAAGGGCCCAGGUGGGGUCACUGUUAAGAAGACUUCUAUGGCUCUAAUCAUUGGCAUCUAUGAUGAACCAAUGACUCCUGGUCAGUGCAAUAUGAUUGUUGAAAGGCUGGGGGAUUAUCUCAUCGAUCAGGGUCUCUAAUUUAUUGGGGAACCGUAUUGCUUGUAUAAGUCUAUGGACUCUUGAGUGGAAAUGGGUUUGAUGCUUGAGGAUUGAUGCUUAUGUUGUCGUUACUAGUGUUGUUUCUUUCACUUUUUUUUUUCCUUGAAAUAUUGUGGUGAUUUUCAAGUGAGGUCGAUGUCGUACUUACAGUGACUUCAUCAAAUGGAUGUGGUAAACCAAUCAGCAUAAUUUUAUAAAUACUCUUCUAUUUUAUCUGUUGAUUUUUGCAGCAGGCUCCUGUAUAACAUGAGGAGAUAUAGUUUCUCUUAUGCAAAUGUGGGCUAUUUCGGACAUUUCAGUCGCUCUUGCGCUAGAUAAUUCAUAAUUUCCUUUC